AUGCUUGCGCCUGGGUUCAGGACGCGGCGCAGCUCCUCCUUCAUUCGAUUCGGCGCCCUCGCUGCUCUCGUCCUCUUUGCGUUCUGGUCCUUUAGCAAUCGCUCUCCUGCGCCGUCUCUGCUACCGAUACAGAAAUCACAACCUGCUGCUGCUGAGGGCGCUGAUUCGUUUCCUGUGAAGGCAGCAGAGCAACCUGGCGCUCAUCCGAUUGACAAGCUCAUCAACGACGGCGGAAAACGAUACAAAGAUCUCCUCUCCAGAGAAUCGCAUACCCUCGAAGAAGCAGCCCAAGCGUACCGUAAACGCCGUGGUCGUCAUCCCCCGCCAGGUUUCGACAAAUGGUGGGACUUCGCCAAGCAGAACAACGCCAUUGUGGUGGAGGAGUUCUGGGAUCAGGUUUACCACGAUAUCGACCCGUUUUGGGGCGUUCCCCAACCUAUCAUCCGAAAAGAGGCGUACAGCUUUGAGAUGUCGAUCCACAUUCGAAACGGUAAAGCCAAUUCAACGAGUGAUUGGUUCUGGACGUUGAUUUGGCUUGAUAUGAUUCGCUCUAUUGAACAUAUGGUUCCUGAUCUGGAUAUGCCGUUGAAUGCGAUGGACGAACCCCGUCUUGUGGUGCCGUGGGAGGAUAUUGAUGGAUACAUGACCAAGGGCGCUGCGUCGCGGAGUCUAUGGCCUGCGAAGGAGGUUGUCUCAGAGUUUCAGAAGCUUCCUACUGCUGGACGACAUGACAGGGACGUCAGAAUUCCUUUCAAGCGAUGGGAAAAGACUAGCCCAUACUGGCCAAUUGCCCGUCGAGGAUGUCCCCCAGACAGUCCAGCCCGCCAAGCGCCUCUAAAAGAAUCCUUCAACCACCCCCCCGAAAUCGACAUCUCCAACGCCGAGAAGCACUCUUUCGCAGGCUACGUCUCCAAUUUUACACUAUCGAGCGAAAUCUGCCACCAACCCGACCUCCAAGGCCUAAACGGUCUUUUGAUCAACCCAAUCUCAGUUUCUUCUACAAAAGUCCUGUUUCCUAUGUUUGGCGGCUCGAAACUCGCCAUCAACAACGAAAUUCUGCUCCCGCCGCCGAUUUACUGGAAGGGAGAGGAUCGCUUCACGGGCGGUGAGGAUAAUGAUGUGGAGUGGCAGAAUAAGGGAAAUACUGUGGUCUGGCGUGGCGUCGCGACGGGAGGCAAGAAUAAGCCUGAGAAUUGGCGUGGUUUUCACCGUCAUCGCUUUGUCUCGAUGCUCAACCAGACAAAGGUCUCGGCUGUUGAGCACGGUAAGGAGAAGCCUGAGAAUUUCGUCCUUCCUUCGGAGAAGUAUCAUCUUCACGCGCAAGCUGAUGGUCGUCUUGGGGAGUGGGUCGGCGAGUGGUCUGAAGUAGGCUUCGUGGAUCUCAUGUGCUCACCCUCUGAAGAUGACGGACGGUGCUGGUACACGGAUCACUACUUCGCCAAGGUUGACGGCAUGGACAUGCACGAGCAGUUCGACUACAAAUACGUUCCCGAUAUCGACGGAAACUCUUUCUCAGGUCGUUACCUCGGCUUCCUCAACUCGACAUCCCUCCCCAUAAAAGCAACCCUCUUCAGAGAAUGGCACGACAGCCGUCUCGUGCCGUGGGUGCACUUCGUCCCCAUGGACAACAGAUUCCAGGACUUUUACGGCAUAAUGGAGUAUUUCAGAGGGUACGGCGAAACAAGCGGUCACGAUAAAGCUGCGCAGCGAAUUGCGCUCGAGGGCAAAGAGUGGGCGAAUAAAGUACUCAGAAAAGAGGACAUGCAGAUCUAUGUGCUGCGGUUGUUGUUGGAGUACGGCAGGGUCAUUGCGGAUGAUAGGGAUAAGAUGGGGUGGGUUGACGAUGCGCUCAAGGAUCCGUCUAUCGAGAAGACGUGGAGCAAGUUGAAGAUAUGA